UAUAGCCAUCUUAAUAAAACAAUAAACCAUAGCAUUUAGGGUCUAUUUGCACAAUAACAAAACCAAAAACGAAAUAGAAACACUUCAUACACCUUUCAUACUAUUUUUGAAUACAUUUUAAUCUAUCUAGUACCUGCAUUAUUUAAAUGUGACUUUAUUCGGUCUGCAGGAUGCUACGAGACGCCGGAAGCUGAAGGUCCAGCCUGUUGCUAGGAUACAAGGGCGGUAAACUAACCAAUAGUGAUCGCUCUGGGUAACAAAGUUAAUUUCGCUAUAUUCGUUAUAUUUACACAAUCGCAACAUCGAAUUGCUAUUUGUGUAAAAUGGUAUGUCUAUAGUAGAGUUUACAACCCAAUUCAAAUUAAAAUGCACACAAAAAUAAAGAUUCCAGAACCUCUGAAGCCAAGAGUGGUGCUGUGGGCGGAUGCUGGGUAUUCUGACAUGUGCGACAUCGAUAAAGCCCAAUCCAUCCCGGACUUGGAAAGGGUUCUCUGCAGGGUGCUCCAGGUGGAGCUCCGGGGGCCGCCGGGGGAGGUGCUGCUCGCCCUCUACGUCCAGACCGUCCAGUUCUGCCGGCGCAGCGGCUUCAGCCGCGAGCAGACGUCUGUCCUGCUGUCCGUCAUGAAGCGCGUGCACCAGCUCAACACAGGAACCUCCCUGAACAACGUGGAGCAGUGCUGGGACUACUGCACUGAGCUGCUGCUCUGCCACUCCGUGCGGCGACCCCCUUUCAGCGUUGACCUUCUGAAAUCCCACGAGGUGACUCGGAUUCUGGAGCACGUGAACAACACGUACAUGAGGAACUACACCCUCUACAAAUACAUCUUCACCCCCCAGGUGCGACUGGAUCUAGCGCUGUCUUAUGGAGGGACAGCGGACCCCCUCCCUGCUGACGACCCCCCCUCCCCAGACAGAGAAAAGGAGUUAGGAGAAACAGAAGCGGUGGGUUCCCCACAGGCCACCCAGAACCAGGAGACCCCCCAGAUCCCGGGCCCCGUCGAAGCAGCACCUGGCUCCAGGGCCGCUCUGAGGCAGGUGGUCCAGCGGGCGCUCUCGGAGGAGCUCCAGCGUGUGUCAGCUCAGCUGGACCAGAGUCUGAGGGAGAGCUGUGAGCAGCUCAACAGCCGGCUCUCCCAGGCCUCGUCCCAGGGCCGGGCCCAGCCCAAGGCCUAGCCCCAGGGUUAGCCCCAGGGUUAGCCCCAGCCCCAGGCCUAGCCCUAGCCCCAGGGUUAGCCCCAGCCCCAGGCCUAGCCCUAGCCC